AUGCGUACUCCACGCUCGGUUUCGAGGAGCUCGCCCGUGGCGUCUCCCAUCCCAGACAUCUCUUAUCCACCAGGGUUGGGGGUCAACUUUGACGAUGUAAUGAGAAAUUGGGACAAGCUGCCGCCGGAGCGGAAAAAGGCUGGUGACCGAUGGUCUGCUAUGAUCAACCCGGACAUAGACAAUAACUGGGAGAUAGACCUGCUCCAUAGCAUGAUGCACGACAGCAUUGUCAACUGUGUCCAGUUCAGUAAUGAUGGCAAAUAUGUCGCUGUUGGAUGCGCAGAUGGAGCCGUUCAAAUGGUCGAAGUUUCAACCGGAUGUCAGGUGGCCCGUCUACAAGACGAUGAAUGCAGUCACGACAGUCUCUGUGUAAGAGUGAGAUUUUUACCGGAUAACUAUCUACUGCUUACAGCACAUUGCGAUGGUGAUAUCCGCGUUUGGAACUAUAUGGGGAGCCUUCUUCGACGGAUUCCUUGUGGUAGUGAAACUGGGUGCUUCACCCUAGAUCUCUCGGCUAAUGGCCACUUAAUUGCGUUUUCUGAGAGAAACAAGACUGUCCAGGCUUGGGAUCUGGAUGCAGCAUCUGAUAUUCGGCAGCUUGGGACGCUCCACACAGCUGAUGAUGUAUAUACCGUCGCUGUGUCUCCCGACUCCUGUUACAUUGCUGCUGGAUGCGACGAUGGGAUGAUCUAUGUCUGGCGCGUUGCACGACCAGAUCCUGGUGCUGUUAGCACAAAUGAGACGAACAUUGAGAAAUUAUUGGAGUUUCAGGCUCACGAUGAGAAUGUCAUGGCUCUUUCAUUCACUCCAGAUAGCCGGAGUGUCAUUUCCGGUGGUAUGGAUUCAACCGCAAAGCUAUGGAACAUUGAUUCCCUGAAAACCUUCGUUAACGAAGAUAUAACUUUCAACGACUGUACCCUGAUAUACAAAGCCCACCAGGAUAUGGUCUUGAGUGUCUCCCCAGAUCCUACAGGCAGAUGGAUUCUAAGCGGCUCAAAGGAUAUGGCUGUGUAUCUAUGGGAUAUUGGCACUGGUGUUGCUGAGAUACGACUUGGGGCUCAUGGAAACUCCGUCCUCGGUAUCGCAUGGAGCCCUACGGAUAAUAUUGUAGCGACUGGAGGCGGUGAUCGCGUUCUUCGGUUAUGGCGGUAA